CCAGUGUGAAGCUGGGAUGAACGGAUGAUUCAUUCUAGAUGCUAUCUAGUUGACCACGUUUCUGCCUGACGUAUGGUACGACGGCUGCGACGAUGACGACGGGUUUUUCAGGGGAAUGUUCACGUGAGACUUGCGGUUGCGGCGGUAGAGCACGGCAAAGAUGCCACCAACAGCGAGGGAAAUCAGGACCAGGCCAACGAGGGUGCCGGAAAACCCGUGCCCCCAUCCCCACCCCGGGGGCCGGUUCAGGACGUUGCAAUGGAUGCCCCACACUUUUGACGGGUACAGCACUUCCUGGUCGCCCGAUGAGCACGAGUCGUCGUUGAAAAAGACGGAGGUCCGUGUAGCACAGUCCACCCGGACAAACUUGUCUGGCGCGUACGACACGCAGCUCUUGUCGAGCACAGUCCCUUUGAACAGCAUGUACGGGUUGGUCACUGUCAUGUACGUCUUUCCGCCGACAAAUUGGUCCGGUUUGGGAGGUACGAGGUCGAUCUGGAACCCAUUUGUACACGGAUCGACGUCUUGGGCAGCUGCGAGCGCCCCCGUGAACUCGUCCGUGAACACGAUAGCCCCCGUGCAGUCUUCGUGUUCAUACUUUUUGAAGUACUUGGGGGGAACUUUCGACUUGGCCGUGGCUGAGUAGGCGUUCGGUAUUACGCAGGACGUGGCGGGCGGCGACACGUCAUCGUUCGUGUCCAUCGGCACGUUGCAAUUUCCGUCUUUGUAAAAGCCAAACACGCGUUCUGGGCAGUCCGCCCGCAUGUAUCCCCGGUCAACACCUGUCCACACGCACGUGUGCUGAAUGAUGCGCUCGGUCAUACCAGAAUCCCACUGCAGAUCCAUGUACAAUUCGUUGGGAAUAAAGUUGGUCGUUGGCACUGGCGUCGUCGUGACCUGGACGCCACCGACGCACCCGGAGAACGGAGCCGACGAAUUGGCACUCGACCUCACGUACUGCGCGCCGCCGCUGCAGUCGACGUGCUCGUAGGACACGAUGUACUUGGCCGACAUCUUGCGAAUGAUGGCCCACGGACUGACUGGCAACGCUGCAUUGUCGACG